GCAGGCAACGAGUUUUUUGGUCUUCCGAUGCACGCAAUCAUUCGGCACGCUCGCUGCUUCGAAGUGCAUUUUUUAAUGGCUCCGGCUUAGAGACGUUAUACGAAGGCGGCUCAAUCAAUUAUAUUGCAGUGGAUUGGAUUACUUCAAAUAUUUACUGGUGUAAUGCGGAGCAACGUCGAGUGGAAAUGAUUCGCAGUGAUGGACGCGUUCAUCGAACAAUUGCAUGGGAUGGAAUUGACCCACAUUAUUUGGUUAUUCAUCCGAUUCGGCAGUUCUUGGCUUUUGUCAAUUAUCAUAAUCGACAUAACAUUACAAUCAAUAAAAUGCCUCUUUAUGGUGAUCGUUUUGGCGGUGAAGUCAUCAUUGAGCAUUUAACCACUGUAAAUGCACUUGCGAUUGAUUUUGAUUCGGAAUUGUUGGUAUGGUGCGAACUUGACGAACGAGGAGGUGGAAUAUCCGUCGCUGAUUUUAAUGGUAUCUCACUUUUGAAUUUUUUAUACACAUAUUAG